CCUCAUCGCCCGCCCCGGAUCCCCCGUGCCCCCCUCCCCGACCGCCUACCGGGUCGUCGUCAGGUGCCUCGUCGCGGACCACGGCCGCCUCGCCGACGCCGUCGCGCUCAAGGAUGAGAUGCUCGCCUCCGGGUUCGUCGGGCCCGAUCCCCAUGUCUACAGCCUCCUCAUGGCCGGGUUUGUGGAAGCCGGGGAUGGGGCCAAAGCUGUGGAGCUGCACCAAGAACUGCAGGACAAGCUUGGCGGCGAGCCGGUCCUCGAUGGCAUCGUGUACGGGAGCCUCAUGAAGGCCUACUUCCUUACGGGAAUGGAGGAGAAGGCCAUGGAGUGCUACAAAGAGGUGCUCUCUCCGGAAUCAGAGGUGAGGUUCGGGACCGAGAGCUAUAAUGAGGUGCUCGAUGCGCUUGGGAAGAACCAAAGGUUAGAGGAUGCACUCAACCUGUUCGACAGAAUGCUUGGGGAGCAUGACCCUCCACUGAGGAUUACGGUUGACGUGAGAAGCUUCAGCGUCAUGGUGGAUGCCUACUGUGCUGCUGGAAGGUUUGAGGAUGCGAUUGCGGUGUUCCGGAGGAUGGGAGAGUAUAAGGUGGUACCUGAUGUAGCAGCAUACAACAAUCUGAUUCGGCAUCUCGGGGUUAAUCGGCUGGUCGAUGAGGCAGAGGUGCUCCACAAGGAGAUGGGCCAGCAUAGUCUUGUUGCAGAUGAGGAGACAUGUGUGCUGCUCAUGGAGGCGUGCUUUAAGGCUGAUCGCAUCGACGAUGGUAUCAGCUACUUCGACAGAAUGGCUGAGCUGGAGUUGAAGCCUGAUGCAUCGCAUUAUCAUAGGAUCGUCGACGGCUUGGUCGGUUUAAGCUUGCUCGACAAGGCCCAGGAGUACUUCGAUCAGAUGAGGGAGAAGGAAAUUAACCCAAGCAUUGCAACCUACGAGACACUGCUAAAGGCGUAUGUUGGCGUUGGCACGACAAGGUUGGAUGAUGCAGCCAAGGUUACAAAGUGUAUCCUUUUGGAUGAGAAUGUGGUUUUCAGUGAUGAGAUGAGGGAUCUUUUGGAAGGCGCGCUCCGUGGAGAGGGCAGGGAAGAUGACAUAGCAAAGCUGUAUGAAGACGUGGAGAGGGAGAAGGCCGAAGCAGUUGUGCGGGCGGAAGAAGAGAAGGCGAGGGCAGAGGCACUUGCCAGGGAAGAGAGGGCGGCGAGGAGGGCAGAGGCUGCUGCCAAGGAUGAGGCUGCAGCUAAAGCUAGUGCUGCUGCCAUUGAGGCCAUCAUUGGCCAUAGAAGGAAAACCGAGGGCGAGACCGAAGCACCCGCAUCUACUCCGAACACUCUUGAUGGUGGGAUUCUCAGCAGGCUUGGCCUCAGUUCGCCUGGAGAAGGUGCGCCUCAAGACACUCCAAUAAUAAGCACUGAAACAAAGGGAGAUGGGCAGGAGCAAUUUUGAUGGCCAUGAGCCAUCUUGUCCCCUGCAUCUGUUCUGAGCACUAGUCGUGCAUUUUCGUAUCGAUUCUAGGAGCAUCAAUCUGUAUGAGCUCUGAUGGCUAUAAAGGUUUCGAAUUUCGACCAUAUCUCCAGUUGAGACCUUAUGUAACCACGGUUGAUGCAAUAGAAAUAGAGCGAUAACCAUGAGAGUUUGAUGAACUAUCAUAGAUAAUUUUCCUAUUUGUUCAGCAUAAUGAAAUUGUAAA